GUCGCCCAGGUUGUGUCGAAAGCAUCCUGGUGUUAGCAGUUAGCUAGCUGUUGACAAAAAUAUAUUUACCUCUGUAUACACAUUUUUAAAAAUAAGGGCGAAUUUUUAUCGUGGCUUUAGAGAAGAGAAAGAAGAUAAAGAGCGACACAGACUGGUCUCUUCCUACAUGGUUUGACUGCUGAUAUAUGAAGAGGCUAGCCGAAAUAGCUAACUAAACAUUAGCUUUAGCGAAGGUUCAAACUUUGACGAGCAACAGCAGAAAUUGACGAGCUAGCUGCUUGUUGCGAAUGUAAACACUGCCAUUAUAGAUAGACUAAUAACAUGUGGUGUGUUAUUGUAGGUUUACUAACUAUCAUUGUGUGUUUACGUACAGGUUGUUGAAGCGUUAAUUUGUUCUUAAAGUGUUAACAUUACUAAGUAAAGAUCGCUAACUUAUGAAUGGAUAGAGAGCUGUGGAUGCUAACGUUAGCCCUUUAAACUUCACUAUAGUACAAACUUCAGCGUUACAUGAAAAAGAAAAAUCACAACAUAUUAACCAGAUGUUAUCUAAAGAGCUAGACGUCUGUGUUUUCUGCUUUGUUUCGGUCACUUGAGAUAAAUAAUGCGAAACAGCAGGAUGUCAGAUGUGUGUGGAUUAAUGUCAGGGCAGCAGAAAAACACAGCUGUCCGCUCAUUCCGAUAAUCCCUGUGUACCGUGUAUUACAGAUGCAGUAGAGUUGUGUUAUUGCUAAGCGUGUAGUGUAUUAGACUUAAUUUAGGAAUACAUUUGGACAGUUACUCGGUUUCUUUUACAUAGUUUUCAAAAGGCUAUAGUCUACUUUACUUGUAGUUAUGCCUGGAGACGCUUCUGAUAGCAGCGAUGAUUCUGAUGCAAAAACAAAUGAGACAGCCUGCACCGUCAAGCAUCAGAUCACCAAUGCUAACCUCACAGGUCACACUGAGAAGGUCGGCAUGGAGAACUUUGAGCUGCUCAAAGUCUUGGGCACUGGAGCUUACGGUAAAGUGUUUUUGGUCAGGAAGAACACAGGUCAUGAUGUGGGACAGCUUUACGCUAUGAAGGUGUUAAAGAAAGCAGCCAUUGUUCAAAAGGCAAAGACGACAGAACACACUCGCACUGAGAGGCAGGUGCUGGAGCACAUCCGCCAGUCUCCAUUCCUGGUCACGCUGCACUACGCCUUCCAGACGCAGAGCAAACUUCAUCUCAUCCUUGACUAUGUGAGCGGCGGGGAGAUGUUCACUCAUUUGUACCAGCGGGAUCACUUCUCUGAGGAGGCAGUGAGGAUUUAUAUUGGGGAAAUAAUCCUGGCUCUGGAGCACCUUCACAAGCUUGGGAUUGUGUACCGAGACAUCAAAUUGGAGAACAUUCUUCUUGACAGCGAAGGCCACGUGGUGUUGACAGAUUUCGGGCUCAGCAAAGAGUUUCUGGAAGAAGAAAAAGAAAGGACCUACUCUUUCUGUGGCACCAUUGAGUACAUGGCACCUGAGAUCAUCAGGGGGAAAUCAGGACACGGCAAGUCUGUAGACUGGUGGAGCCUUGGGAUCCUGAUGUUUGAGCUGCUGACAGGAGCGUCUCCCUUUACCCUGGAGGGAGAGAGGAACUCUCAGAGCGAGGUGUCAAAACGUAUUUUGCGCUGUGAUCCACCGUUCCCCUCAAUGAUCGGACCUACUGCUCAGGACCUGCUGAGGAAAUUGUUGGUUAAAGAUCCCCACAGGAGGCUGGGUUCAGGGCCGCGAGGGUCUGAAGACAUUAAAGCACAUUCCUUCUUCAAGGGUCUGAACUGGGCCGACCUCGCACAGAAGAAGUUGGCGAGUCCCUUCAAGCCAGAGCUGAAGAGUGAACUUGAUGUGGGGAACUUUGCUGAGGAGUUCACAGGGAUGGAUCCUGUUUACUCUCCGGCAAGCACACCCCCGAGCACUGACCGCCUGUUCCAGGGUUACUCCUUCAUCGCUCCUUCCAUCCUCUUCAAUAAGAAUGCAGUGAUGGGAGACUUUGUAGAGUCUCAGGUUGGGGCUGAUCGACCAGGUUCAGCUUCUGUUCAACGCAGUGCAAUGUUACAGGAAUCCCAAUUUUUCCAGCACUAUGAGCUUUGUCUCCAUGGGCCACCCCUGGGUGAGGGCAGUUUCUCUGUGUGCAGGAAGUGUCGACACAUACAAAGUGGCCACGAAUACGCAGUCAAGAUUGUCAGCCGCAGAAUGGAGACAAACACUCAGAGAGAGAUCGCUGCUCUGAGGCAAUGUGAAUCUCACCCGAACAUCGUCAAGCUGCAUGAAGUUUACACUGAUCAGUACCACACAUAUUUAGUGAUGGAGCUCCUGAAAGGAGGGGAGCUGCUGGAAAGGAUCAAGAGAAAGAAACUGUUUGGCGAGGCGGAGGCAAGUCAGCUGUUACAGAGCCUGGUCUCAGCUGUCAGCUUUAUGCACGAGGCUGGAGUCGUGCACCGGGACCUCAAACCAGAGAACGUGCUGUUUGCGGAUGAAGGAGGAGACUCGGUGCUAAAAGUAAUAGACUUUGGAUUUGCCCGGCUGUGCCCUGCAGGCAGCGCCCCCCUGCAGACUCCCUGCUUCACGCUGCAGUACGCUGCACCUGAACUAUUUGAGAGUGCGGGAUACGACAAAGCCUGCGACCUCUGGAGCCUUGGGGUCAUUCUGUACACCAUGCUGUCAGGCCAGGUGCCAUUUCAGAGUGAGCAGCGUGGGAUGACCUCAUCAUUUGCUGCUGACAUCAUGCAAAAAAUAAAGGAGGGUGAUUUCUCAUUGGAAGGGGAGGCCUGGAAGGGCGUUUCAGAGGAUGCCAAAGAGCUCGUUAAAGGCCUGCUGACAGUGGAUCCAGAGAAUCGUCUCAAACUCUCAGAUCUCAAAGAGAACAGCUGGCUGCAGGGUGGAGCCUCCAUGUCCACGACGCCUCUGUGCACGCCUGAUGUGCUUGAGUCCAGCGGGCCUACAGUCCGCACCUACGUCAACGCCACCUACAAGGCUUUCAACCGUGGCAAGAGAGAGGGCUUCUUCCUCAAAAGCGUUGACAAUGCUCCUCUUGCGAAACGACGAAAGCUGAAGAUGACGAGCACAGGAGUAGAGACACGAUGGAGUUCAUCCUCCUCAUCCUCCUCUUCCUCCACCUCCUCUUCUGCCUCAGCCUCAGCCUCAGCCUCAGCCUCAGCCUCUGCAAAAGUAUCCAAAGUGCAGCCAAAGCAAACUGUGAGCCCAAAGCAGAGCUAGCCUGAAUGGCAGGGGGAGGAUGAAGUGGUUUGUGUCUCUGGCAACACGCUGGCCUCCAGUGAUAAGGUCACCCAGUUCCAAAAAAAAACACUUACUGAAAAAAAGACUGGUUUAAAUUUCAAUAUGAAAUUGAAUUCCACUUUUUAACAUCCAAGCAGCUUCAUUGAUCAUGACGUAUUCUCCCCAAACCAAACAUGUAUUUUCAAAAAGAAGAUGGUGAUGGAAUGGUUCAGUAUCUUUAUAAUGUACAGAAAUCUGUGGCCUUGAGAAAAAAUGAAUAGUUGCUCAGUAUUCACCCACCAUAAUAUGGUGAUAUCACACACUAAAUUAGACAUUUACCUAUGUUCACUGUGGGUAAAAAAACAAACAGUGCCUGGCUAUAUAGGGAUAAAGGGAAAAGGAGCCAUAAAUGAGCAGAAGCCAUAUAUAUCAAUUUAGCAGUUGUGAAUUCACACAAAUGUGUUCACAGCAAACAAGAAUCCUACCAGGAAUCAGCGGGCUUAACCCUUUACAUGCAUGGUGGUAUUUUUCUCAAGUUGCUGAAUGUAAAAUGAUUGGCAAAAAAAAGGCAAAACUUUGCCCAACAAUGUUCGGUAAACUUUGCAGUGUUGUGGAAACUUUUAUUGUUUUGCUUUUUUCAUUUGUUCAUAAAAAAUCCGACUGUUUGCACAUUUAGCAGAGAAUGUUAAUGAUCAAAUGGAAGAAAAGAAAAAAGGUAGACUGGUGGAAGACUUGGUGCAGAUGGAAAUGAUUGGGAUGUUUGAAACCCCUGAGACAAAAAAAGGAUGGAAAAUGCUGAAAUCAAUGUACAGUCUGAACUGUGUCAGGGCACUGACUUCGCACAGCACUGAUGUCUCAUAGACACUACCACAUCUACAGAUCCCAAAUACCAACAUGGAGAGCAUGUCCUGAGAAACAUGAUAUUAGCUCAGAGUAUUUUGAGAAUCAGUCAGAGUUUGACUUGAAGAAGCUGUAGUGUGAUACACUGCAGAAAAGAGAGAGUGAUUUCUUUCUUUCUUCAUGUUCAUGCUGUAAAUUUCUCGCAUUACUAUUGCCGGUCUGAAUAUCUAGCAUGCUUAUCUGUUUGGUGUAAGAACUUUUUCUUUAUAUUUUGGUACCAUGGGCUCAUUAAGAAAAAGUCUACCAGAAUGUUUUAAUGCUAACAAAUGCAGCUUGAUAACUUGUAGAUUGGCGCAAAAUCCAUUUUGGUGAUUAUGCGCAUCGUAGAGUUCAAAGGGUGUUACAGCUUCCUGCUGCCCCAUCACACCAUGCAGCUAUCACAAACGAGAGAAACCUGGGCUCACAUAAUGAUAUCCUUUUAUUUUACAUAUGUGGUUUUUAAACAUUUUAUGGCUUUGCUAUUGAAAUAAUGAAACAGAAUGAGACACUUAAUAAUGACUUUAAUAUGGUUUUAAUGAGACCAUUGUGCAGAGCUUGUGUAUAUAUACUCAUCUUUGAUUGAAAGAAAAAACGUGUAAUGGUUUUUAAUUAGACAACAAUUUUAAUGGUGUAUUCGUCUCCUGAUGUAAUUAUGUUUGAAUUGGACUUUUCUUUUUUUACAUGUUGCACAGUCAGUUGAUCAAUUAAACACAUUUCAGCUUUAAAUGUGCUUUCUCUGAUAUUUAUUACAUGUCAUUGAUUUAAAUGCAAAGGUAAUGGGAUUGUUGAUUGAAAUUGGCCCUUGUUGUAUUCCAGCACUGUCUGUGUGUGUGUGUGUGUGUGUGUGAGCGAGAGAGAGAGCAUGAUUGGUGCUGGGAGGUUUGUUGUACCAGAUGAAGCAUUAUUGCAAGUUACUGUAUUAUUUACUUGUUGUGUGGUGCCUUCGUCUCUUGAAAGGUAACUGGUUGUUUGUGUUUGAACGUCGACGUUUUGACUUGCUUUUAUUGGUGUUUCACUUCUUUAGUUGUAGUAAAUGAUGUUUUCUCCUUCUCUUUUUUUUUGAGCAUUAUUGUUUUACUGAGAUGCACUGUCACUGAUGUCGUAACUGGGAAUUUUCUCUUUUGCACCAAGUCUUUUUUUUGUCGGUGCAAAAUAAAGAUGACUUUUAAA